UGGAAGAGGGCAAGACUGAAGAUGUCCAGGGUAUUCUAGAACUUAAUGUGUGAGGAUGUUUAUACGUAGCCAGGCGUGAGCCUUUAUGCUGCUUUAAGGAUUCAAUGCUAGCUUCUGUGUUUAGUGGAUGGUUUCCUCUAGAAGUGGAUGAAUCAGGAGCAUGUCUAAUGGAUCGAGAUGGAAGCCUGUUUAAAUAUCUUUUGGAUUAUCUUAAUGAAAAAGUUUAGAUUCCUGAAGAUGAACAAAUCUGAAUUGCACUGCAGGAGGAAGCAGAUUAUUUUGGCAUCUCUUAUCCAUACGGCCCGUCUGACCACUUGGCUAGUAAAAUGGAGAUAUAUUCUUUAAGGUCAAAUACAGAGCUUAGGAGGGCUUUGUUAGAUUUCUGUGAUUCUUAUGAUUUUGUUUGUACCAAGCUUACAGUUUGAGUCCUGCACUAUCUCAAGACUUCUGGAGCAAGCUCUGAAAGUAAAAUUAUUGGCAUGUAUGCCACAAAGGCUGAUGGGACUGAUGCAAUUAGUAAGGAGCUAGGAGCAGAAAUUCAUAGUAAAAGCAUUUACAAAGAAGCUGGAAAAACCAUCCACUAUAUCUGGAGCUAUUACUCAGUAGCUGAGUUGAAACCAAAACUAGGGUUACCUAAGGAGGCAGCAGCUGGUACAUUUGCACUGAUCAACUCUGGUACACUGUAUGUGCAUAUUGGGUGGCUUGACUGGGAAAACUACUAUAGGUGA